AUGAGAGAGGUGCACUUGGACCCCCAGAGAACGUGGUGCCCCACGGCCGACUGCCAAACAGUGUGCCACAUUGCACCAAACGAGCCUAGAGCACCGGUGCCAGUGGAGUGCCCGGCUUGCCACCUGACGUUCUGCUCCUCUUGCAAGGAGGCCUGGCACCUGCAGCACCUGUGCCGGGAAAACCAACCUACUCCAGUCCCAACCGAGCAGGGAUCCCUUAUUGGAACAGAGACAGAGGCACCAAUUAAGCAGUGCCCAGUUUGUCGGAUCUAUAUUGAGCGAAAUGAGGGCUGUGCUCAGAUGAUGUGCAAGAACUGCAAGCACACGUUUUGCUGGUACUGUCUACAGAACUUGGAUAACGAUAUCUUCUUACGCCAUUACGACAGAGGCCCUUGCAGAAACAAGCUCGGCCACUCGCGGGCUUCAGUGAUGUGGAACAGAACUCAGGUUGUGGGGAUCCUCGUUGGACUCGGUAUCAUAGCACUGGUGACCUCUCCCUUGCUGCUGGUGGCAUCUCCCUGCAUCAUCUGCUGCAUUUGCAAAUCUUGCCGGAGCAAAAAGAAAAACCACAGCCCACCAACCACCUAAAACUCUGUGUCUGUUUGAGUCUCCUCCACCUGUACAGCAUAUAUAUGUGAGAAAGCACAUUGGCUGUAUUUUGGUGCCACACCUACCAAAUAAUGCUUGUUUUUUUCUGCCAA